AUUCUGCAUAUUCCUUGGAAAGUGUGCCCGUUUAUACAUCAUCGUUCAUUGUUUUGGAAACGAUCGACAGAAAAUAAAACAUCAAAAAACUACAUCUUACUAACAAAAACUGUACAUGAAUCAAUGAAGCAUAGUUGAAUAAAUAAAUGUUUUAUUUAUUUGCCUGUGGCUGAUGAAUGCACAGACACAACACUGCCCCCUGUUGUCCGCAGCAGGUACACAAACCCUUCGUUUCUUAAAAUGAACACGAUGCGUUUAUGAACACUGACCAGCAGAUGGAGGAAGAUGGAGGAAGACCGGGUGAGGUACACGAAUGGAGAAGAGACAACAAGAGGAAGAAAAACAGACCAGAUGGUCACAGGCUUCUUCACACUCGACUCAGGCUGGGCUCUGUUUGCUGGUGUCGGUUCGUCCUCAUGGCCUGGCUGAUCUACACCUCUCUGGAGCUGGUCAUCUCCGCGGCCUGCUGCCUGGGGAACGUGCUGGUGGUUUGGGCCGUGUGUUUGAGGCGCACCUUGCGUCAGCCCACCUUCUGCUUCGUGGCGUCUCUGGCCGUGGCUGAUUUCCUGGUGGGGGCGGUGGCAGUGCCCCUGGCUGUGCUGGUGGACGGCUGGCUGGAGAUCCCGUUCCAGGCCUGUCUGGCGGUCAGCUGUGUGCUGCUGGUGCUGACCCAAGCGUCUGUGCUGUCCCUCCUGGCGAUCGCUGUGGACCGAUACCUGCGCGUCUCAAUACCUCUCAGGUAUAAAGAGAUCGCCACUGAGCGGCGUUCCUGGAUUGCAGUGGUCCUGUGUUGGUUGAUAUCUUGUCUGCUGGGUUUCACCCCUCUCUUCGGUUGGCAUAACGGCCAUUCCCAGUCCACCUCGCUCCUUAACUCUUCCCAAAUCAACUGCACCUUCUUAGCUGUCAUCUCCCUGCCCUAUAUGGUCUACUUCAACUACCUGGGCUGCAUCCUGCUCCCAUUAGCAGCCAUGACCCUUCUUUACGCUCUGGUCUUCUACAGCCUGCGCAAACGCCUCCGGCGGGAAGACCAGACUUCAACACCUGCUGAAUCUAAACUAAGGGCCUUUCUGAUCAAGGAGAAGAGGCUGGCGUGUUCUCUGGCACUGGUUCUCCUGCUGUUCGCAGCGUGCUGGAUGCCUCUGCACGUCAUGAAUUGCGUCUCGCUUUCGACGGGUCCUCGAGGCGUCCCCCAGAUCGCUUUUUAUGCAGGAAUACUCCUCUCUCACGCCAACUCAGCGGUGAACCCUGUGGUCUACGCCUUCCGUAUCGCGAAAAUCAGGGAGGCUUACCUGGAGAUCUGGAGACGCUACGUACUGUGCUGGAGAGGACGAGGCGACUUCUCAAGUUCUUCAUUGAGAUCCCAGCCUGGAGAACCGAACACUGGCCAUCAUUUCCCUCCAACACUGGCAGAUGACUCAGGCAGAUCCAUAAUCUCUUCAUAAUUUCACUCUAUGAUACAAUUCUGAGUAGUGACAAUAUAUUGGAGAUAUAGGCAUCUCAUGAAAGUGCAUUUAAAUAGAAUCCCAAAUAAAAAUAAGAGGUAAAUGUCUACUUUGGCGUAUAUAUGCUACUCAGUGGGU